GCCCCGGACCUCGCGGCCACCCGUACGCAGCGCCUCAUGACGCCUCUCGAGCCCGCCGCGCGCCAGAUUCGAACGCAGGCGCAAGCGCGGCGGCCGUUAUUUCCGUUGGCGGCCUCCGGAGCUACUGUCCCCUCACGCCGCGGCUGCUGCCCGCCAUGGCUACUCCUCCUAAGCGCGGGCGGCUGGAGGGCAGGAUCAAGAAGAUCGCGGUUGAGGGAAACAUCGCUGCAGGGAAAUCGACGUUUGUGGAGAUUCUCAAACAAGCUGAUGAGGAGUGGGAAGUUGUUCCUGAGCCUAUAGCAAGAUGGUGCAAUGUCCAGCCCAGCUCUGAAGAGGAUUGUGAGGAGCUGACCACAUCACAGAAGAGUGGUGGAAAUGUGCUUCAGAUGAUGUAUGAAAAACCAGAGAGGUGGUCUUUCACUUUCCAAACAUACGCGUGCCUGAGCAGGAUCCGGGCUCAGCUCAGGUCCCUUGAUGGCAAGCUCAGGGAGGCAGAGAAUCCUGUUGUUUUCUUUGAGCGAUCUGUCUACAGUGACAGGUACAUCUUUGCAGCCAAUUUAUAUGAGUCUGAUUGCAUGAAUGAAACUGAGUGGACUAUUUACCAAGACUGGCACUACUGGAUGAAUCAGCAUUUUGGUCAGAGGUUGAUGCUGGAUGGCAUCAUUUAUCUCAGAGCCACUCCCGAGAAAUGCUUAAAUAGGAUUUACUUGCGUGGAAGAGAUGAAGAGCAAGAAAUUCCCAUUGAAUAUCUGGAGAAGCUUCACUAUAAACAUGAAAGUUGGCUUCAGCAUAGGACACUGCGAACGGAUUUUGAGUAUCUCCAGGAAAUACCUAUUUUAACGUUAGAUGUUAAUGAAGACUUCAAAGGCAAAAAGGACAGAUAUGAUCACAUGACUGAAAAGGUCAAAGAAUUUUUGAGCAUGUUAUAAUCCUCUUUGAAGCGCAGGCAGAGUCAAACUGUUCCAAACAUCUGCACGACCAAAGCCUGAAGUGCAGCUUCUGCUUUUAUAGAAGGCCUCUGGAGAGGCAGGACUCAAUACUGUUGAUUUAAUUGUGAGGAACAAACAAGCUUUGUGAAUAGGAAAUUAUUUAAUAAAUCACUAGGUCUGUUCAAUAUUUUAUGAAGUAAUACACACAAAUUCUGAAGAUACUCAAAUUCCGAGAGUUCCCAAAUGUUUUGCCUGUUUCUAAUCAGACCAUUAAGUUCUGGAGUAUUUAAUUUUAUUUUUUUAAAUUUAUUUUGUGCCCAAUAGCUGUUUAAUGUUCAAGAAGGUAGUGGGGUUUUAGAUCUCUUGACUUUUUUUAGUGGAAUUGACUUGUAAUGGAUGUCUCAUUGUUCUGAGAAAGGAAAAAGUAAACCCCAUUUUUGCUGCUGAGGGAAUUUUAAUAUAACCUGGAGUUUUAAAUUGUAAGCUAUAAGAAAGUUUCAUUUGACAGUUUUGAUAGAUGAAGUUCUGCCCAGAAUAUACUGAAAUAAACCAAAUCCAAAUGUGGCUGAAAUGCUGCAGGUAUCAAAUGAGGUUUUGAUUGUGUGAUGCAGAUGAGGCUAUUGAGAGGCUUUCCAUUGUUCAGCAUGUUUAGUCUGUUUUCCCAAGCUCUUAAUACAACAGAGAUGCUUUUGUUGUUGCUAAGUCGUCUUCUCCUGUGGAGGAUUAUGUUUGCUUGAUGAGUACCAUAAAAGGAAGAACAUUUUACAAAAGGCCUCUAUUUGUAAAUGCCAUGUUUCUAACCCUUCCAUUAAUCACAUUUUGGAUGUCAGGGGUGGCUUCCUGCAUUUCUUCCAGCUUCUCCAUUUGUUCACUGGGCCUUCUAAGUGCCUACAUGAGAUCCAGCAAUACUGGCAGUAGGCUGUCCCUCUCGUUUCUCAUCCUCGUGUAGUAAGGAGAGACUUUUGUGGAGUAGCUGUUGCUCUAGUGCAUUGUGUUUUAUUGACUGAGACACUUUUGUUUCAGGUGCAGAAAAGGGUACAGGGUACACAUCUCAACAUGGUGUUUUAUGAGCUGCUUUGUUCUGCUUUAAACAUUUCUGGAUGAUUGCACAGUUGGCUUUUGAAUGCCAAAGUUGAUUGUAAAGCAUUUUAUUGUUUGCUGUGAUGCCUGCGUUACCUGUGAAUUUGAGAUGCAAUCUCAAAUUCCUUUGUGGUUGGUAUUGUGCUGGUGUGCUCUAACCCUUGACUGAAAAAUAAAGGUGGUUGAAAAGA